AUCACAAUAUGCUUCGUCCAGGUUCCUCAAUGAGUAAGGCCAAAUAAACAAAAGGUGCAGCGCCAGUUUCUGGUGGAAUGGCUGCGAGGGUUGUUCAAGAGAGAAUGCCCACAAUGGAAGAAUAUGUUAAAAAUAGAGAUUGGGUAGGGGCAAUCUCACUCUUGGAGAAUGAAUAAAAGUAUGAGUGGCUAUUUAUAGAUUAGUUUUAAUGAUUCAAGAGCUGAACCCAAAUUGUGGCUUGCUUAUGCAUGUUUUCAUAAUGGAGAAUAUAAGUAAAUAACUUUAUACAUUUGAAAAUAGAAGGGCCAUCUAGGUGUAUGAUCAGAUGAUGACCAAGCCUGAUUACAACAAGGAGAUCCAUAUCUACAAGGCGUGUUGCUUUUAUGCUCUAUGUCAAUACGAAGAUGCCAAGAGAGAGUGUUCUAAAGGUCCAGAGACACCUCUGUCUGUGAGAUUGUAAUUGAAUAUAUUUUAAAUCAUAGACAAUUUCACAUAGCUCACAAGAAAAAUGAUGAGAAGAAUCUCAUGACCUAUCAUCACAAGAUAUAAGAAACCGUCCAUGAUUAAUUAUGCUUGGCAGCAAUUCACUAUCUCAGAGGACACUACGAGGAAGUAACUGUUGCUUUAAAUUUGAUAGGCAACUGAUGCAUACAAAAAAUUAUUGCUUGAAAAUAGAGAAUAUACAGCAAUCAAUGUUUACAUCGCAUUGUGCUAUUAUAAAUUAGAAUAUUUCGAUGUCUCUAUUGAAAUCCUAUCCUCCUAUCUAAAUUAGUUUCCACAAAGUGUAACAGCCAUAAAUCUUAAAGCCUGCAAUCAAUUUUAAUUAUACAGUGGUAAAUUGGCAGAGGAAGUAUUCAAGCCUUUGCAACAAUAAUAUGAAGGAAUCAAUGUUUGUGAAGAUAACGAUUUGUUGAAACAUAAUUUAGUAGUGUUUAGAGCUGGAGAGAAUGCCUUAAAAGUCUUACCACCUUUAGUUGAAAUUUUUCCAGAGGCUAAACUCAACCUAAUAGUCUAUUAUUUGAAGAAUGAAGAUAUUACAGAAGCAUUUAACUUAGUGCAAGAUCUAUAGCCAACCAACCCAAAAGAAUAUAUCUUGAAAGCUGUUGUUUUUGCUAUGAAAGGAUAAUCCAGUCCUGAUUAAAAGGAAGCCUUGAAAACUUCUCAAUAACUCUUUUAACUUGUAGGGUCUUCAGCUAGUGAAUGUGAUACUAUACCUGGGAGGUAAUGUAUGGCAUCUUGCUUCUUUCUUUUGAAACAAUAUGAAGACGUUCUGGUUUACUUAAAAUCAAUUAAACAAUUUUUCUAAAAUGAUGAUGAUUUCAAUUGGAAUUAUGGAAUUGCAUGUGCUGGUACUGGAGAUUACAAGGAAGCUGAGGAUGCGUUAACUUAGAUUCAAUCUGAAAAAUACAGAGUAAUAUUUUGAUUCUAUUUAGUCUGAUGAUAUCUACAUCAAGUGGAUGACUAGAACAUACAUCAUGAAUGGCAAGGCCAAGUAAUAUAUUGGAGUUAUUAUCAUUUAGGGAAGCAUGGGAAUUGUACAUUAAUAUGGAGACUUCAAGUGAAUCCUUCUAAAUUUUGGUGUUGAUUGCCAAUGAUUGUUAUAAGAUGGGUCAUUUUUAUUAUGCUGCAAAGGCUUUUGAUAUUUUACAGAGAUUAGAUUCAGAUAAUGGAGAACAUGAGUAUGAAGAUGCUUUGAGAGGGGCAGUGGUAGGUGUUUUUCAAAUGGUCAUUACAUCGAAGGAGACUCUGGAUCAUUUGAUUGAAGUGAUGAAUAUCAUCACAAAUACAGGGGACAAUCCUUAAGUAGAGUACAUUCUGAAAAUAAUUAAAAAAUGGGGCAAGGAAAAUAAUUGGAAAAUAUGA